AGAUUUCCUUGUCAGUUCUCGCGCGCUCUCCUCGUUCCCUCAAAUGGCGCCGGCGUUGGCGAACGCCGGGAGUCCGCACGAGCUGGGCUGGCAGCGGGAGUGUUGCAACCAGCCUGGAUCGUUUCCGAGCCACCCUUGAGUUCUGUUGAAACUGGAUGAAGAAAAAGAAUGGAUAUGGGUAACCAACAUCCAUCUAUCAAAAGGCUGCAAGAAAUACAAAAAGAAGUCAAAGAGUUUGAAUCUCAAGUAGUAGCCUUCAGUGGUUUGUCUAGUGAUAGAGCUUAUAAGAAAUUAGAAAGGACUUUGACUAAACAGCUUUUUGAAAUAGAUUCUGUGGAUGCUGAAGGAAGAGGUGAUGUUCAGCAAGCCAGAAAGAGGGCUGCCCAAGAAACUGAGAAACUGCUUAAGGAACUAGAGCAGAAUGCAAACCAUCCCCAAAGGCUGGAGAUAGAAUCCAUAUUUAAUGAGGCACAGGCAUUGGUGGAGCAGGAAAUCACUGCUUUUUAUAAAGGAGGCAACUGUGUAACUGAAGAAUUUGAAGAAGGUUUACAGGAUAUAAUUUUUAGACUCACUCAAGUAAAAACCGGAGGGAAAAUUUCUCUGCGGAAAGCCAGAUAUCGCACCCUGACCAAAAUAUGUGCUGUUCAAGAAAUUAUAAGUCGUUGUACAAAGCAGCAGCCUUCCCUGCCAUUGUCCAGUGAUGCACAUCCUUCCGUUUCCAAAAUUAAUUCUGUCAUAGGAGAUGUGAACAAAGCAAAAGGGACUCUUAUUGCUGUGUUAAUGGGAGUAAAUAACAAUGAGACCUGUAGACAUUUAUCCUGUGUACUCAUAGGUCUGAUAGCUGAUCUGGAUGCCUUAGAUGUAUGUGGCCACCCAGAAAUAAGAAACUAUCGUAAAGAAGUAGUGGAAGAGAUCAAUAGAUUGCAAAAAUAUCUGGAUCUGGAAGAAGAAGCAGAUUCCACUUAUGCUUAUGACUUGGCACAAAACGGAUCCAUUAUAAAAAUAGAAGACAUACGCAAGAACAUGAAAGAAGUUAAAGGUUCUUUAAAAAUAGAGAAGGCUUCAGAUUUGUAUCUAAAGUCAAAGACAGAACUGCAAGGGUUAAUCGCCCAGUUGGAUGAAAUAAGCCCAGGCAAUAAUCCUUGCAUCCGAGAAGCCAGGAGGCGAGCAGUGAUAGAAGUGCAAACCCUCAAUAACUUAUACUGACUUAAGGAGGCACUUCUUAAGCAACAAACCUUUAUAGAGCAACCAGAAACAGACGUCACAUCACAAAAAGCAAUUUGGAAUAUUCUUGGAAAUGUAGCUCAGAUUCAGCAAGAGGUGUUGUCUUUUGAUGGGAACAGAACUGAUAAAAACUACAUGCGGCUAGAGGAGCUCCUCACCAAACAGCUUCUAGCACUUGAUGCUAUAGAUCCUCAAGAUGAGCGCUCAAAAGUAUCCAGGAAACAGGCAGUGAAGCUUGCACAGAACAUUCUUUACUAUUUGGACAUGAAAACUGAUGAAUGGGAAUACUAAAAUAAUAUUGGUCUUGUGUGCUAGAUAUUGGUUUCUCUCUUGCACUUUAUAACAGUCUCUUAUAACUACAAGACUAACAGUUCCAUCAUUUGCUCAUCUCUUUGCGGUUGAGUAAAAGUUGGAUUGAGUUAAGCAGCAACUUUUUCCUGCUUGUGCAAUCAGGCAGUGAAGGCAGUUCAUGUACCAAUUAUGUUACAAUUUUUGUCAUAGCCUGUUUUUUGUUGUUUUUGCAUGAUUUGUGAAGAAAAAACUGCAUCUAAAACUGCAUCUCUAGCUGUUGCCUAAAGCUUUCAUAUAAAAUCCUACAUCAAGACAUAAUACAGUCUUGCAAAAUCAAAGCAAAACUAAUGAGAAAAUCCAGAGCAAAUGUCAGUCAGCCUUAAACCAGUUUAGAUGUUUGCAGUUGUCUGGAUCAAUCCAGUUGCAAUCCAAAGGAUUAAAUGCAAAUUACUCAUGGCUGUUUUGUGUGUUUGAUUUAAUCUUGCUGAUCUUUCAUCUGAGAUUUUUUAAUAGUUUGGCAUAAUAUGAAACAUGAACAUAUCUGAAAUAUAAAUAUAAAAAUUGUAAUUGCAUACUUUCUCAUGAUUUCCAUAGGAUUAUUUCUGAAUUAAAAGAGUUACAGUCAAUCACCUUGCACAUUCUGGAGUUCUCAUUAUGUAAACUAGAGGAACACCAGAAUAUAGAAAUGGUACUUUAAAGAUAGAAUGCACAGCAUAGGUUGAACAAUAUAUAUUUCCUGAAUUAUGGUGAACUUUUCAGUAAUCAAACAAUGAUCCUGAAUUUGGGAUCUUAAUAGCUAUAUUAAGAUAUUUCCUUUAAUUUUGUGAUGAUUUGGUAGGUAUUGGGCAACUUGUCAAACAUUCCUUUGCAUUUUUUAAGAUUGAUUCAUCAUUUCUUUUUCCAGACUAAGCUUGACACAAAUGUUACUUUUUCUAAGAUUUCAUAUGCUGCUGUUACAGUUUAGAGUGUUGUUUAAAACUAUUUUAUUUUUCUGAAUGGCUGUUCAUGAUUUAUGAAGGCGGCAGAUAUUUCUUUUGACUUUUUAAAAAUCUUUCAAUUCAUCAGAAUGACUAAACAUUUCAGAAAACAGAAUUGAAAAAGUAGAAGCAUUGCUAUGUUUUACUUUAACUAUGUUGAAUAGGCUACCUAUGCUAUUCCUGAGUAUAAAAGGAAAAGUUGCUUUAGUUUUUUAACGUUUUGUCCACCACUUUUGUCUUCACUGAAGUCUCAUAAUUAAUUAACAGUAUCUCAUAAUAUUUCUGAAUACACCAAUCUUAAGUCAGUUUAGCUCUAAUUUUUCCCUGUUACUUAUAAAUUCGGAAUAGGAGAAAUCAACAGCAAUCAUAUUUUUAGAAUGCAUUGUUAGUAUCAGCCAGAAACCUGCAGUUAAUUAAUAUGUAGAAUAAUAUGCUUUAAAUCCAUCUCCAUAUAGUAAUCCAACUUAAUGGCUUGUAGAAGAUUAUUUCUACAAUACAUGAUUAAUGCAUGCUGAGAUAUUACGUUGAUGUCUAUGAAUAAGGUUUUAGUAUAGAAUUAAAAGGCAUAAGGCUUAUUCUUGAGAAACAAGUGCCUUUUAAAUGACCUUUGAAUUGUAGCACCUUGUAGCUAUGAUUGCUGUAGUUGACUUCAUGGUGUUUCAGUGAAGCUUUUUUCUGUAGUAUGGAUUACUUAUCAGUUACAGCUUUUAAAAAGCUAUCAUAUUUGUAAGUCUCUACUGUGAUAUUAGCAAACGCCUAAAACUUUUGAUGAAAGCAACCUCCAUUUUACUUGGUUUUUCCCUGGCCCAAUCUCAUUGGCUCAAUCACUGAGUGUUUGUGUGUUUCAUUUCUGUAAGAUGUAAAAAGGAGUAGUAACUUAAUUUAUUUUCAAAUUAAUUUUGAUCUUGCUGCACAAAAAGGUUUUUUUAAGCUUGAGGUAUUUUUGUUGUCCUAAUAUUUUGGUGAAUCUAUGUCAAUUAACAGUUAUUAAGAAUCCAAAAUGGAUUCUUAAUAAGCAUUUUGGUAGCUUCAUCAUCUGUUACUUCAUUUUGUCCUUUUCUCAUUGCUUAAAAUGAUUACUUUUAACUGCUUGUACUGUUCUACUUUGGGGUCUUUAGUAAAUUGUUUCGCAUAUCAGAUUAAAAUAUUUUCACUUUCAUUGGAAGUUUUCAUUCUAGCUACAUGGGCUACAUGGGUUUUGAUCCCAACUCUGCACUGAUAGAGUUUCCACAUAAUUUGGAUUCCCCGCUAAUACAACUUUCAAAACAGUAAUACAAGUGUUUUUCUUCAAGCCCCCCCCCCCCCUUCUUCAACUUCCAUGUGGAAGCCAUUGCUUAUUUGGGUACUCUGAAAUGAGAUGGCAGAUUAGACAUGCAGUUUUUAGGCUACAAAUAAGUAUUUGGUUGUGUAUCUACUUGUCCCUCACCUCACAGAAAACUUUACCAGGAGAUACCUUUGUGAAAGGAAGAGAAAGAUGAUUACUGCUGAUACUUCUUUCUCUACCUCCCUGUAUUCCAUAAAAUAAGCUUCAGUAUUUGAGCAGCAGCAUUACAGUUGGUGUUGGGAACUAUAGCAGAAAUAAAGUUUAUAUUUAGAUUUAGUUUUUAUGCUGUUUACGCUUCAGAAACAGAUUCUUAAUAUUGGCUAGUAGUUACUAGCAUCUUGCAUGAAAAAAAAUCUGUUUUCAGUAAAUUCCAACUGUAGUGGAAGAGAAGAAAGUCUAGCAAUGAUUUGGGGAAUUUCAUGGUUUAUAAGAAUGGAAAACUGUAAAAACAGUUCAGAACUGUUUCCCUUAUGCAACUAAAGGCUAUUCUAUUUUGCACUACAUACAUUGUUAUUUUAACUUUAAAUUUUAUAUUAACCUUUUGCUCAUAUUUUACACAUAACUGCAGUGCUGUUAUUUUAAACUUCAACAGGUAGGCUUCUAGUACACAGGGACAUUCUUACAGUUCUCAUGACUCUUGCACCUUUUAAAAGCUGCAGGUUUUAAAGAGAAUGUGUAAUAAAAUUAUAGUAGAUAUUGUAAGAGCAUAAUUUCCCAUUUUUCUAUUUAAAAAUAAUCUCUGCAAAUUUAAGUGUGCUUUGCUGAUUUAUAUUAAGUUACUUGGUAUAACUUAUAAAUCUGAUUUUUGCAUGAAUAAAUAUGAAAAAGUAAGUAUGAUAAACCAAAAUGAAACAUUGUAAUUUGGUUUGUGCUUUUAAGAAUAUUCUUUUCUACUUAACAUGCAAGUAAGUUUCAGCACAUAUUUUCCAUUGCAAUGAUUUAACAGCUGAUUCUGUUCUUCUGCAUUGGACCAAAUCAGAGGUUUUUUAAAAAAAUAUAAAGGUUUCUGUGCAGUGCCAUAGUAUUUAGGGUAAGAAACAUGUAAUUCUACUCAAAUACAGUACAUCAUGAUUUUGAUUGUAUUGCUUUAAAUGUUUGUUGCUCUAAAUAGCUGUCUGAUAGCUUUCUGAUAUUUUUGCCAGCAACCAUGAAACAAUUUUGUUUUGAGCAGUUUGAAAUUAACUAUUCCAAUAUGAUUGGCAAACCAUUGUUAUCUGCUUUUAUAAUUAAGCUUUCUCUGGGACUAGACUGUAGUUGAUACAUAUUCUGUUGUAUGUUAAACUUGAGAACAAGCUACCACGUGGCUGGAACUUGCUGUUUUUGAAGAAGUGUGUUAUCUCAUUUUUAUGUAUUGCACUGUUCAGUAUAUACAGAUUUGGAAUCAAUAAUUAUUUGGAUGUUGCUUUCUUGACAAUUUA